CCCUGCCAUUUAUGGUUGGAGCAAACACGGUGGAAGACCAGAGGGCUCGCUGGGAGAGAAAGCGCUGCCGGACAGCCAAGGAGCUGCUGGAAACCGAACACAAAUACCUUGAGCAGCUGGAUUUGGUGGUCACAUACUUUGUGACAAUUUUAAAGGCCAAAGGGACUCUGAAACCUGCUGUGCUGCAAACUAUAUUUGGACCCUUGGAAUCCAUAUAUUCGGCCAGCAAUGUUUUGUCACUUCACCUGGAGAGAGGGAAUUUGGGAUCAGGACUGGAAAAUUUUUGUCAGAAUCUGGAUCUUUAUGGCCACUAUGCUGAGAACUUGGAGCAGGCAAAUAAAACCUUGAAGGAGCAACUGAGGAAAAAUAAAUCAUUCCGGCGGUUUAAGAAACUCCAGGAGACUCGACCUCAGUUUCAAGGGAGGGAGCUAGAGGAUUUGCUUCCUUUGCCCCUGCAGAGACUGCAACAGUACAAGCAUUUCUUCAGAGACCUGCUGGAGAAUACCAGCCCAGACAGUGCUGAGUACCAGAAACUUGCAAAGGCUGUGAAAACUCUUUCUGAGGUAUCUUGGUGGGUCCAAGACAUUAUGGAUAAGAGGCAGAACUCAUUGCAGCUACUUCGGGUUCAGAAACUGCUCAAAGGACAGAAGACUCAGAUUUUGACUCCAGGACGCUGGUAUAUCCGGGAAGGCUGGCUCUUGGUGGUGCCUACGAAGGGAGAAGAACUGAAACGCAGGAUGUUCUUCCUGUUCUCUGACAUCUUUAUUGCAGCAAAGCCCUGUCACCCACUGCACCCACUGAACUCGCACAAACUGGCAUGCCAGGCUGUCUACCCACUUCGCCAGUGCACCGUGGAUAAAGUGUUCGGCCACACGCAGAGCCAGGGAGGGCUCCUCAGUCUCUCCUUUCCACACAAGACGCUGCUGUUGAUGUCCAGCGACCAACAAGAUAUUAAUGAAUGGUAUCGGAGUCUCACAGCUGCAGUCAGGAAGCUCAAAGCCUGA